UGGUUUUGGGUUUUCAGAGUACCGUUAGCAGGAAAUCAGCCUCCAGUCCGCUUCACUUCAGAGCGAGACAAAGAAAAGGAUUAAAAAUAACUCGAAUAUAAAGAAACGUCUGUUUCGUUGGAACAGGAAGGACUUUGAUUGGCGCCGUUGUGCUGAUGGGAAAAAGUUUUCCGCUGCUGUCGCUCUAACAGUUUUGUUAACUUUUUUAAAAAGACGAAGAAAAGAAAGAUGCCGAAGACGAUUAGUGUGCGAGUCACCACAAUGGACGCUGAACUGGAGUUCGCCAUUCAGCCCAACACAACAGGAAAGCAACUCUUUGACCAGGUUGUUAAGACCAUUGGACUGCGAGAGGUGUGGUACUUUGGCCUGCAGUACCAGGAUACAAAGGGUUUCUCUACAUGGCUCAAACUGAAUAAGAAGGUGACAGCCCAGGAUGUGAGAAAGGAGAGUCCUUUGCUUUUUAAAUUUCGUGCUAAAUUCUUCCCUGAAGAUGUGUCAGAGGAGUUAAUCCAAGAAGCCACACAGCGGCUGUUCUUCCUGCAAGUGAAAGAAGGGAUCCUAAACGACGACAUCUACUGCCCUCCAGAGACGGCAGUCCUCCUGGCCUCCUAUGCAGUGCAAGCAAAGUAUGCCGACUACAAUAAAGAUGCCCACACACCAGGCUACCUGUCCAGUGAGCAGCUCCUGCCUCAAAGAGUGCUGGACCAGCAUAAACUCAACAAGGACCAGUGGGAAGAAAGAAUACAAGUGUGGCAUGAAGAACACAAGGGCAUGCUCAGGGAGGAGUCCAUGAUGGAGUAUCUGAAGAUUGCGCAGGAUCUCGAGAUGUAUGGAGUCAACUACUUCAGCAUUAAGAACAAGAAGGGAACAGAACUUUGGCUGGGAGUGGAUGCAUUGGGACUCAACAUUUAUGAGCAGAAUGACAAAAUGACACCCAAAAUUGGAUUUCCUUGGAGUGAAAUUAGGAACAUUUCCUUCAAUGACAAGAAAUUUGUCAUUAAACCAAUUGACAAGAAAGCGCCUGAUUUUGUAUUUUACGCUCCAAGGCUGCGCAUCAAUAAGCGCAUUCUUGCGCUAUGUAUGGGAAACCAUGAGCUAUACAUGCGCCGUCGUAAACCUGACACUAUUGAAGUGCAACAGAUGAAGGCUCAGGCUCGAGAGGAAAAGAAUCAGAAGAAGAUGGAGAGAGCUUUGCUGGAAAAUGAAAAGAGGAAAAGGGAGCUUGCAGAAAAGGAAAAAGAAAAAAUCGAGAAAGAAAAGGAAGAGUUAAUGGAGAGAUUAAAGCAGAUUGAGGAGCAGACAAGAAAAGCUCAACAAGAGUUGGAGGAGCAAACACAGAAGGCUUUGGAGUUGGAGCAGGAAAGGAAGCGAGCUCAGGAGGAGGCUCACCGUCUGGAGAAUGACCUCAAAGCUGCCGAAGAUGCCAAACUCACGUUGUUGCAACAGUCAGAGAACCAGAUGAAGAACCAGGAACACUUGGCUACAGAGUUGGCUGAGCUAACGUCAAAGAUCUCUCUACUGGAGGACGCCAAGAAAAAGAAGGAAGAUGAGGCAGAGCAGUGGCAGCAGAAGGCUACCAUGGUGCAGGAGGACCUGGAGAAGACCAAGGAAGAGCUUAAAAACAAGGUGAUGGUAGCUCAUGUACAGGAGCCGCUCAACGCCGAGAACGAGCAUGAUGAGAAUGACGAGAGCAGCGCUGAGGCUAGCGCCGAGUUCACAGCUGCUGCCACAUACAAGGACCGCAGCGAAGAGGAGCGUAUGACUGAGGCUGAGAAGAACGAACGUUUGCAGAAGCAUCUACUUGCUUUAAGUUCAGAGCUGGCCAACGCUCGAGACGAGACCAAGAAAACAGUCAACGACAUCAUCCAUGCAGAGAACAUGAAAGCAGGACGCGACAAGUACAAGACCCUCCGACAGAUCCGGUCCGGAAACACCAAACAGCGCAUCGAUGAGUUUGAGUGUAUGUGAUGUGUGAAAAAGCUGGCGCAGCACACACGCCACCUAGGUCGCAGUCCUGCCUUGCUCCAGCUAUUUCCUCUGUACACAAAUAAACCAGGUCCACAACAUGACGCGGCUGCACAAGCACAGCACCAUGUACAAAUAUGGAAAAGUCCAUGUAAUCAUUCCUCAUUCUCAAUUUAGACAAGUCACUGGCUGAAAAGGGAUGUGCUGUAUUCCAGUAGCUGCUUACUGUAGCUUCAAUUUCAAGAAACAAGAAAUAAUACUUUAUUUUCAUUGCAGAUUUCAUUUCAAGUAUUUCUGUUGACAAACUGUCAAAUUAAAAAUGUUUCUAUUGUAAAUUUCCAAGAGUUUUUCAGUUUUUCAGGAGUUGUUUCUCCCGUGUAGCAUUGCCAAACAUCCCAAGCAUAUGCACUGCAAUCUGCAAAUUUCUUCGUGCCAACUGUUAAUAAGCAUUUAUUGACCAACACAUCACGCUGCAUGUUAUCAAAAUUUUAUUCCGAAAAGUUUUCAUUUAGAUAUAUCUUAGAAUUUGAGCAGUUUUUCCAUUUGUACACUGUUAACAAGAUGUUAAUACUCAAAUUGUUUAACGAAAGACUUCCUGAAUAAUGCAGUUUAACAAAGUGGUGUAGCUUUUUUUUUUUUUUAAACAAAAAGUUUCUUUUCAAGAAACCAAUAAAAAUCUGCUUUCUAGAAUUUGACCCACAGCUUUUGUAACUGAGGUUUAAGUUCACAUGCAUUUUUUUUAAUAUAACUCUUAGUCCUGCUAUAAAAUUCAUUCAGCACAUUGAUUGUGAUCAAUGUUGUGUUACUGUACUUUAGAGGACUAUAAAUUGCAGCACCUGUAACUGGUGUUAGAUGUUGAGAGUUUACCAUUUUAGCUAAACAUCUCGCUGCUGUAAAGCUGGCAGAUAAAUCUGUUGGCAGUCUAAAAUAUUUUGGGUGUCAAGACUUAUUUUAAAAUAUUUGUUGUAUGACAAGAUUAUGCUCUUUAUUGACAUAAAAAAUGUUUAAGUCCAGGAUUUUGAUUUCAGAUCUGCAAAAUGUAGAUCAUUUCCUUAGUGUAAGCAUAGUUUUUCUAUAAAAUGGGACCUCUAUCUGUAUCAGCACAGACCACAUCUGCAGAAACCUGAACUGUUGCUUUCUGUAAAAUGCAUAAAAUCAAAUUCUACCAUAAUUUUGAUUCAGCAAAAUCAAACUUUUAAAGCUGACAUCUGUUUGCAACUUCAGUAUUACCCUAGUUUUUUUUUUUUUUUUUUUCGUCAGAUCAAUCAAAUAUAUUUCUAACAGAGUGCCAAAGUUUCUGGUGGCACUUAAGCUCGACUUUUAGUUGAAGUUGUCAACCAUGAAGCUGAAUGUUGUGCUUUUAAUAUUUGCUGUUGUUCAUGUACACAAAGGGAGAAAAACUAAAAAUAUGCAUAGAAUAAUCAUGCACUGGAAAAUCAGUUUAUCAUAGCAAAAUUAGUCAUCAGAUUUGUUGUACUAGACGGAAAACUGUUUCUAAUACAUUCACUUUUAUAUGCUGUAUGUAUUUAAUUACAUUUGUGUAUUUUGUAAUUUGGAUUUUUACAAUAUCACAAAGCGUCAUGCUAAUGACACAGCCAAGGAUAAUAUUUUGCCUUUUUGUCAUAAGUUCUUGAAAUAUUUCCUUGAAGUAUUUCCUGAUGUUGAGGAAACAACCUUUUGAAAAUUUUCAGGCUCUGUGUUCAGUGAACAGGUCAGUGCUGUGACCAAUGGAAUAAGCAAAGCUGCAGCAUUAUACAUCACCUCCAUAAAAUAUUGUGUUGUGGAAUCUUUACACACCCCAACACAGACUUUCUGAUGCAAAAAAAAAAAACUACUUUUCUCAUGGCAUUGAGAGAAAUGAAGGGUUUCAUUUGUUCAUGAAUAUUUAGAAACGACAGAUUUUCAAAGAUUUAUUUACACUAUUUUGCAAGGUCAAAGUAAAUGUAUUUUAGUGAUAAAUAUUUCUAAUUUUGUAUUUGUCAUUUGUACCGGGAUACGAAGGUACUUCAAAAAGUUUCCAGCCUCAACCAGAAAAUGUCAUGGGAGAAAGAUUGUCCUUGCAUUAUUUUUCGACAUGGUCUCCCUGAACUUCAGUGCACUUGGUCCACCGAAUGAUCGUGGCUAUCACUUUGUGGAAGAAGGUCACAUCUUGAACUGCCAAAUACUUUUGUUCUGGGGGAGGCUGUGAACUUUUUGAAGGACCCUCAUAUGUUGUGAUAUAAACAGUAUUUUAUUUUUUUUGGUCUGUGUGUGUGUGUUGCUGCUUGUAGUUCUCGUUUCCACCAUAAGCGCACCGCUGUAGCUAAUUGGGAUUUUUUUGUUGUUCCUCCUAUACCUUUGACGACAUGUUUUAUAAAGCUGUGCAUGCUACGGCAUUUUAAGACUCUCGUGUACUUUAAACUUUUUCAAAGAAAUUUGUUGAAAGAUUUGAGACUUCUGUGUUGGAUUCAGCAGGACCAAGACGCAUUUAAUUUUUAAGUAACAGGCACUAUCUUGCAUGGGUUCUUCUGUCAUUUCUGCUUCCUUUCACCAAUGAAUAAAAAAAUUUUGAACUCCA